UUAUUUCAGUUAUUUGUUACUACUCCAGUGUUUCGUCCAGGGCUUUUUGCUGGUUUGUCCUGUUGUGGUUCAGUUUCGUUAGGAUUUCGUCGUUUCAACAGAGUUUCGCCAUUUCGCCACGAAG